ACUGCCUAAGUUCACUUCAUAACCAGUGUUUCAUGGGCUGUAAUGCUGCCUGACUGCGUGGAUUGUACAUGAUAACUUCAGUUAAUUCAGAAAGAUUAGUUUCUUACCAUCCUGAUGUUUUCUUUCUCAUUUAAGAGACUCUUACUAAUUGGUCUUGUAUCACUGCUGAAUGACGACGAGGUGGAUGCAGGUGCUCAGUAUCCCUUGAAGUCAAAUUGGAUGAGUAGGUAGCUUUGGUGUUAGAAAAUGUCACUGUAACAUAGAUUCUUGAGCAGAAAAGGAAUUUGGGGACCUGGAGUUGUCAUGAUCUCUCCUUGUGGAAACAUGCUGAGGUAUUAAAGCCAUCUGAGCUAGUUAGUGGGUUUUGUGUUCUGAAAGUUACACUCAGGUGUGAAGGGCUUGGCUAGAAAUGAGACUAUUCUCAGUAUUGAAGUAUCAAAUAUUAGACUAGGGUGAUACUAGACAGGUACAACUCCUGCAGGUGUUCCGUUGGUGCUUUAUUCCCAUUAGUAUUAUAACUACAGUAAAAGAACUUCCAACUUCUGUGCCAGCAGAACUUGGGAUCUUCCUCUUUCCUCCAAAAAUUGCUGUUGAAAGUCUUCUUUUUGAGCCUACUUGACAUCCAGAAUUCCCUCGUGUCACCCACCCUGGAGGGCAGCUGCACUUGUUUGUUCAUUGGGGUGAACUUUGCCUUUAGUCCUUUUCUCUGCAGCCUCAUUUUCCUUUCAAAGGAAAAGCCCUUCGAGCUGAGCAGCCCAGUGACACCCAGUGUGUUAGAUCUGUUCUCUGCACACACUUCCCUCACUGCCCAGUGCAGGCAGCAAUAUUUCCUCCCAAGCUGCAGCUAAAAGGAGCCCUGAGGUUUGUGGGAGAACAUCCUUAGGUGGCACCCAGGUGAAGACAAGACACCUGGCUGAGGAGGAGGAUGGAUGGGCUCGGAACGUGGAGAGCUAGGAAGGCCAGAGCUGUGUGGAUAAACACUGGGGAUGGUGCAAACACUUCAUGUGGAGUGUUGUAGGACUUGAAAGAGGCUGACAGAUGCCUCAUGGAUGCCCCUCUGAAAUGAGUUGGUGGCUCUCCAGAUGCUCGUUAAUAACUCAAUAACCCAUAUCUUCCAGAUAAUCGUUAUGUACCUUCAGGUAUUAGAAUGUGAACGUAACCAACACCUGGUCCAGACCUCAUGGGUAGCCUCUGAGGGUAAGUGACUAAGACUUCUCCUCUGCUGCCCAUGGUGCAGGGAUAGCUGCCGUCUUCAGUCAACCCAAAGCUCUCCAAAGAGAAGGCUGGCUCUAGACAGGUGGUAUAUACAUGAUAGUAGAGUAACUGGCCAACUGCUUCUUGUGCUUAUACUUUUAUUUUUUUUAUCGUGCAUUUUUGACUGUUUGUAUAUUUUAUAACCUGACUGUUGAAGUUACGAAAGGGUUUUAAUGUUCUUAUCUCGUAAUGUGAUGUGUUCUUUAAGUGAUAAAGCAAAUUUAAGGCGGGGUUUUAAGUCUUAAAGGGAUGGAUUAAGGCAAAAAAGUACGAGUAGUUUGCAUUUGUGAACUAGUCAGAAAACAUUUGAGUACAUGUUUGAAGCGUGGAGACAAAUGUAACACUUAGAGACACUUCCUGACUUCCCAGUACCAUUGCAUGGAGUACUGGAAUGUGAGGUAUGGACUGAUCACUGCCAGUUAUCUGCUUGUAAUGGGAGGGGGAGGAGGAGGGAGGGAGUUACCCUGCUAGAGAAAUGGGUCAGAUGUUACAAUAACACAUCUCUUGUGCUCCUGUUGGUUGCUUCCAGUACCUGCAAACUGGUGGGUAUCCAGUAUAGUUGGUUUUUGAAAUGUGCAUUUUUUUACAGCAUUCCCUUUUUCUUAAAAUAUUGUGACAAGGAUUCAUUUCCCCACGUGUCUGAUUCUGAGCCCACAGGGAAGAUGUGCAGAGGCCAAACCUGGAGCAGGCAUGUCUUUCAAUUUGGCACAUUAGAAAAAAGAAAAAAAAGCUGUGUGACUUCCAGCUGAAGUUCCACUUUAUCUCUUUUUUUUUUUUUUUUUUUCUGACCAAAAGGUUUGUGCUCUCUUUGUAGUGGGACAAGAAAAGUAGGUUUUGAAGUUCUUUUUUUCCCAGAAAGAUGAGCUGAUGGGUAGUGUUGCUUCUCUGGGGUAGCAGUUGUUCUUUGUGUAAACAGGAAUGUAGGACAAGUGGGAGUUGGAUACUCUUGGGAUUCAAGUUCCUUUGUCUGCCCUUGUAAACUGAUUGCAGAUGUCUGACCUGUGGUCUCUGCUUUGGGUGUCUUGGGGGUCAGUGAAUCCUUGUAUACUGGGUACCCACAUGGUUAAUUACUACUUUAAAACAUAAUAUUUUGAGGACUUUUACUGUGUCUGGUUUUAGUUUUUCUCCAUCUGAUAUUUUGCUUGAUAUAAGUGCUCAAAUACUAGAUCUCUUAAAGCACAUCAGCUGAGAGAUUCAGAGGAAGUUACUUUGUGUAUUUAAGAUUUAGCAGGAUAAUUCUUAAGUGUACUGACUGGAAUAUGUGCAAUAUUUUACAGUUUUCUCAUUCUGUGAAUAUUCAUUUUAAGCAACCUUACUGAAAUGGGACAAUUUGGAAACCUUAUUUCAUGUGCCAAAGAGGAGAUCUCCCUGAAAACUGACUGUUAUCCUGAACUGACGUUCCCAAACAACCUGAUUUCUUCUAUGGCUGAUUUUUGCAUCAAAAAAGAAUUCUGUUCUGGAUGGAAAAAUCCUGCUUCUGAAGGAAAUGGACCCCCUUAAAUCCCAGUGGGAGUUGUCAUGUGCUGAAGAGGACUGCACUUUCCUGGGACAGCUACUGAAGGAGCUGCAGCUUUUGCCAGACAUCUGGUUCUGCCCUAUUGCAGGGAAACAUGUGAACCUAAAAUUCUAUAACUGAGUACUCCAGACCAUAUUGUAUGUUGUCCUGAUGAAAAUAACUUGUCUAUUGCAUGAGAGCAGGCCAGUAGAGAUCCAGCAGGGAAAAGUGAAGUUCAAAUUGGUUCUCUCCUCACAGCUGAGUUUUCAGCAGUCAGUCAGGCUUAAUUCCUGUCACACAUCCCUACCCUUGAGGGAUUUACUUUAGUUUUGCUUUUUUUCCAAGUUAAAAAAAAAAAAAAAGAAAAAAAAUCAUUCAACUUCUCUUUAUAGAGUUACAGGACUGUAAUGUCGAAGUCUAGUAACUGAAUGCAGAAAGAAAUAGCCCUCAUAGAAGUAAAACCAAAAGAAAUAAAACAACAAAACAAAACAAAAAACACCCCAAAGAGCUUUGCAGUGCCUUGCAACCUUCUGCUCUCCUGUCUUCCAGGAACUACAUGAACGACAGCCUGAGAACAGAUGUCUUUGUGAGGUUCCAGCCAGAGAGCAUUGCCUGUGCAUGCAUUUACCUGGCAGCCAGGACUCUGGAGAUCCCUCUUCCCAAUCGCCCGCACUGGUUUUUACUGUUCGGAGCGACGGAGGAAGAAAUCCAAGAAAUCUGCUUAAAAAUUUUGCAGCUCUACACAAGGAAAAAGGUGGAUUUGUCUGAUCUGGAAAGUAAAAUAGAAAAGAAGAAAUUAGCUAUUGAAGAGGCAAAAGCACAAGCUAAAGGUCUGGUACCUGAGGGAGUCCCGAGUUUGGAUAACACAUCAGGAUUUUCCCCUGCCCCGAAAAACGAGUCUCCAAAGGAGGUUAAAGGAAAUAAACCUUCCCCACUACCUGUCCAGGCAAUGAAGAAUGCUAAAAGGAAAACAGAGGGAGCCAAAAGAACGAGCUCCAAUAGCCCAGUAAAUGGUGUCCAGAAAGGGAGGGAGAGCAGAAGUCGGAGUGGGAGCAGAGAUCAGAGUUACUCCAGAUCAGCCUCGAGAUCUGCAUCCCCUAAGCACAGGAAAAGCGAGAGUUACUCCACCUCCAGCGGCUCCAAAUCCCACAGCCGCUCCCGCAGCCGCAGCGACUCCCCCCCGCGCCAGUUCAACCACAGCUCGGGCUACAAGGGCUCCAAGGUGAGGAGCUACAAGAAAUCCAAAGACUACAAAUACUCCACGCACAAACCCCGCAAAUCCCGCAGCCGGAGCUCGUCCCGCUCCCGCAGCCGCUCCCGGGAGCGCUCCGACCACUCCGGGAAGUACAAGAAGAAGAGCCACUACUACAGGAACCACCGGCACGAGCGCUCCCGCUCCUACGAGCGCGCCGGGCACCGCUACGAGCGCGAGCACCCCGGGCACAGCCGGCACCGCCGCUGAGGGCACCCCCCGCCCCCGCGGCCUGGGCUGAAAACCACCUCGCUCCCUAAGCUCCAUCCUGCUGGAGCUGCCUGCUCCUUCCUCAGU